AUGACCGCUAUAUCAAUGCUUGUAGUUAGUAUUGACCGGUUAAUUUCAAUCGUCAAACCUAUUUUGUAUUAUAAAAAAAUGUUGAAUAUUCAGCAUUAUUUGAUAGCUGGCAGCAAUCUAUCAAUCCUUUUAUUGAUAUCUGCAAGUGUACUUUGCUCAUAUCUAAAUAAUGUCAAAGUGCAUUCUUUCUGCUGGACACCAAAUAGCCGAUGUCCAAUAUUCAAUCGAAUAUUCUAUGGCACACGCAUUAGUGCAGCUACUGGAAGUGUUAUACUUUACAUUGUCACUUUAUUUAUGGUGCGACGAUAUAGCAAAAGGAUAAAAGAACAACAGAAUUCCGAAUCAGUUAAGAUAAACAAGCGUCAAUUAAACUUUACAAAAACCGUAGGUUUGUCGUGUUUUGCGACUGCUGGCCUAUAUGUUUUGCCUAUGAUUAUCGCAUUCUACGAAACAAGCAAGGACAAAAUACCAAAUAUUACUUUCGUAAUUGUUAUUGUAAUAACAAUUUUAAAUUCUUUCUCCAAAACAAUUAUUGUUGGCUACCGCUCACAUGAUAUCCGAGAUGCCGUCAUUGAUAUAAUGCCAGGUGUAUUUCGUAAAUUUGGAAUACAUAAAAUGCAAACUAUGAAUGUCGUUAAAUUCAAAGCAGGACACGCUACUACUGCAAUUGUUCAGACUGCUGCUAAAACCGUCAAAUGUAGCUGUUAA